UAGAUGUGUUUCUCUCAGUAAUGUCUUGCUGGAUUUGUUUUCAAAGUAAAAUAAACACAUAAUUAAAUAUCGAGGAGCAAAAAAGAAACAAAAGAGAAUUAUAAGUGGACAGAGAGUUAGAAAGAACAUAUUAUAUAUCAAUACGCUGUUAACGCAUAUAACCUCAAUUUUGUUCACUUUUAGGUUAACGUGGAUGAUGUUAGCAUUAUAUGAAAACUAAUAAUCAUAUUUGCGCAUCUGUUAUUUUAUUUACUUACUUUUCAAAAGAUGGGAUUUACUGUUCAUAGCUGAUGACAGAUUAUCCUAGAAAAAGCUCAAUAAAGGUAUAACCGAUUGUCUCUGAAGAUUUUACAAGAAUUUAAAUAUGGACGUCAGUGCAUUGUUCAAAGCCAGUGUGAAGACAGUAAAUUUACGUAACAGAGAACUUGGUACAACAACUAAUGCAAAAGAUCUCCUGAAAAGCAGGAACAAGAGUUCCUUUCAUCUUAAGGCGCACAAUGUGGUUGUGCAGAUUUCCAGGCUGCGAGAGUUCUUAUUAAAGAACCGGAAGGUUUAUCUAGACUUUCAUAAUCACUUGUGCACUGCAUCGCACAUGACAGACACAGAACGUGACAAGAUCGAUGCCGGAGCGCAGAAUAUAAUGAGCACUUGUUCGCAGCUCAUCAAGGAUCUCAAGAGGGAAGUCGCAGCGUCUGAGGUUUCGCAGCAAAACGUCGAGCAUCGCGAGAUCAUGUUGCUGAUGAUAGAAGAUUACCUGAAAAACGUCUGCAAGAUAUACUCUGAACAGAAAGCGAUGCGUGUAAAAAAAACCAUGGAGAUGCGAAAGAUUAUCAAAUUGCAAUCUGAUACCAAGCUUGUCGAUCAGUCAUCAUCAACAAAGGCCGGAAAGUCGGCUUUGAACGCGACGCAGAAACCUACAGACGAUCAUGAGAGUAAAAACGACUCGAUCGACUCGAGCCCGAUGAAGAUUCAGGAGAUCAACGGAGAUGUUAACACGCUGACGUACGAGGAAGAGCUGUCACCCGAAGACAUCCAGAUGUUUCAUUCGGAGAACGAGCAGCUGUACAGUGAACUGAACACCUUGACAGAAGAGGUCAGUCAGAUCGAGAGUAAAGUGGUCCACAUCGCCGAAUUGCAAGAGAUCUUUACGGAAAAGAUCCUUGAUCAGGAUAAAGAUCUGGACAGGUUGAUGACUACGGUCGUCGGGUCUACCGAGAAUGUGAAGGAGGCAAAUGAGCAAAUUCGACAGGCGAUUCAACGGAACGCCGGACUCAGAGUGUGGAUCCUCUUCUUCUUAUUGGUAAUGUCGUUCUCUUUAUUGUUUCUCGAUUGGUAUAAUCCAUAAAUAACUAAUUAGAUCCCCAAUUACUGUUAUAAAGAUGAAAAAAGGGAUGUCGAAGAGAUUCGAAGGAGAAACGCAUUUGCCAAAAUAUGAUUGUAUUUUUCCCUUAAACAUUGUACAUAAUAGAUAUAUAUAUAACUUAUAAGAUAUAUAUCAUCUAUAUAUAUAUAUAUAUAUAUAUUUACUUAUAUACACAUAUUACCGCCUAGUUUGUUCCACGGUUUUGUUUACUUUUACUUCGACGGGUAAUUCUUUUUACCAUCAUCAAUGUGGAUUAUGAUACAUCUUUCAUAGAAGUAUCCUUUACAGGCGGUACAUUUAUUUGUCAUAAUCGUGAUACAUAUUUUUGACGAACACCUUAUCAGUAAAUAAAUUUAAUCAGUUUUUAUUUAUCUUUAAUUAAAAAAAUGCAAAACAUGUGAAAAUGUUUUGAUGCCAAGAAUAAAUAAAGAAUGAGACGUCUUUAGUUACUAAUA